UCUGAUUCAGAACCCUUUGUGAUUCCUAAUCUUCCAGGGGAGAUCAAGAUGACAAGAGCCCAGGUGUCUGAUUUAAUUAAGGACAAUAUUGAAAAUGACUUGACCCGGUUGCUGAAACAGUCCAAGGAAGCUGAGGUGAGGAGCUAUGGGAUUGUUGUCAACAGUUUCUAUGAGCUGGAACCAGUUUAUGCAGAUUAUUACAGAAAGGUGUUGGGAAAGAAGGCAUGGCAUAUUGGUCCUCUUUCUCUGUGCAACAGGGACAAUGAAGAAAAAGCAUACAGGGGAAAGGAAGCCUCCAUUGAUGAGCACGAAUGUUUGAAGUGGCUUGAUUCAAAGAAACCCAAUUCAGUGGUUUAUGUUUGCUUUGGGAGUGUGGUCAAAUUCAAUAAUUCUCAGCUGAAGGAUAUAGCACUUGGGCUUGAGGCUUCUGGGCUAGAAUUCAUUUGGGUUGUGAGGAAAGGCAAAGAUGAUGAUGUGGGCAAAGAGGAUUGGUUGCCUGAAGGGUUUGAAGAGAGGAUGGAAGGAAAAGGGCUAAUCAUAAGAGGGUGGUCUCCACAAGUCCUGAUUCUUGAUCAUGGUGCUGUUGGGGGUUUUGUGACUCAUUGUGGGUGGAAUUCCACAUUGGAAGGAAUUGCUGCUGGGCUGCCUAUGGUUACAUGGCCAGUGUCCGUAGAUCAAUUUUACAAUGAGAAGUUGGUGACCCAAGUGCUGAAAAUUGGAGUUGGUGUGGGUGCUCAGAAGUGGUGCAUUAAAGUUGUGGGGGAGAGUGUAAAGAGGGAAGCUAUUGAGAAAGCUGUGACUCAGAUUAUGGUGGGUGAAGAAGCAGAGGAAAUGAGAAGCAGAGCCAAGGGACUAGCAAAGCAGGCAAGAAGGGCUAUUGAAAAGGGAGGUUCAUCACAUUCUGAUUUGAAUGCUCUCAUUGAAGAGUUGAGUUCCCAAAGGUAAAGUUGGACCUCACAUACGUACAAAAUGAGAGAUUACUUUGAUGGGGAGGGGUUGCAGGGAAGAUAUAGUUAAUGCCAUUUUGCAUAUCGUUUGAAAAAGAAAAGCAAAAAUCAGAUCUUAGGUUGAUAAAUUUGUAAAGGUUGAUGAAAAAAAUGUUUAAAAUGUUUACUAGUUGUUGGGUUUUUGAAA